AUGCGGCGGCAGUUCCAGGAACAGGACUCGAGAGUCCGCACCUGGGCAGGCCGAGCCUACACGGAUGAUGAACUCUCCCGUCGCUUCGAUCAGACAGCCACAGGAAGUGAUGACGGACUUAUGGACGAGGAGGCAGCUCGGCGUUUGGUUGCAAGGGAGAGAGAGAGCUCACAGAGCGAUCUCAUGGACGAGGCAACUGUCAAGCGCAAGCUAGCAGAAGAGCGAGCAAGGGAACGAGAAAAAGAUGCCGUGGAUGCCGAAGAGGCGCGGCGGGCAGCUGCAGCGAGAGCUGCAUGCCAGGAUAGCAGUGAUGAGAGCAGCAGAAGCAGAAGCAGAAGUCGCAGUCGGACAGAGCCACCGCGCCCAGCCUCAAAGCCUGUGAGCUUUGAGCCACUGUCAGGGGAAGGUGAUGGCCUUCAGUCGGGCGCCAUGGUCAUGCUGACCAACCUGAAGCAGGCCGCAGCGCUCAAUGGAUCGCGCGGAAAGUUGGAGCGCUUCGACGCGGCAUCCGGCCGCUGGGAGGUGAAGCUUCUCGCCAGCGGAGAUGUGAAAGCAAUACGCCCAGACAAUCUCCUUCCUGCUCCAGACACGGAGGAUGCCUCUGCUGCUCCAUCGAGCCCUGUUCCGGAGAUUGCGCCGAGGUCGCCUCCACCUGCGCCGGAGCUCACCGGCCGCGCCCAAGGGGCAGCCGCUUCUCGGGUUGCAGCCCCAGCCCCUGCUCCCAAGCCGGCCAGACGCAUGGGGACUGUUCGGUGGUACAACGGUCGUAGGAAGCUUGGAGCUGUGAUACCAGACGGACCUGCAGAUGCCACAGAUCUCUUCAUCCCGGCCCAGGGGGCGCCAAACGGCUCCCAGGUUCCACCCCAGCCUGGCGGGCUGUUCCAUGGCACACGCGUGAGUUUUCUCCCGAUGACAAUCAAAAGUGAAGCUGCCAAUGGCAAGCAGAAGACCGAAGUCGCACGCUCUGAGGUCCGGCCACUGGCGGGACAGAAGGGCCUCCUGUGUGGGGUUGACACGAAUGCAGGGGCGAAGGAGCGCAACGACGAUCGCAUUGCUGCACAAGACUUGCACGAGCUCGGCUUUCUAUCGGGCAUCUUCGAUGGCCACAGGGGCGGAUCCUGUGCAGAGUUCGCUGCCAAGCAGGUACCUCCGAACGUAUUGUCAGCGUACCGGACACGUGCGAAGCGCGAAGGGAGCCUAGUGAAGCUUUCUGCCGAGAAGGAGGCAGCUUUGAUCGCAGAAGCCCUUGCAGAGAGCUUCGAGGUCACUGACAAGGCCUGGCUCGUGGCUGCACGCAAGAAGGACCUCCAGGAGGGCUCCACGGGCAUCGUGGCCUUGGUCUCUCAUGGAUUUGCGGCUCCAGUGGAGGCCAAGCUGGCUGAAGGCUGUGCUGCGCUAUGGCCCAAACCGAAGGAGGCCCCGGAGAAAGAAAAGCGCCCAGGCACCGUCGCUCGUGCUCCGGGUGGCAUUGCCAAACUCUUCGUCGCCUGGGCUGGAGACUGCCGGUGUGUCCUUCUUCGUGGCCGUCAAGGACUGCGGAUAUCGGAGGAUCACAGACCCCAACGUGCUGAUGAGAAGCGGCGGGUCGAAAAAGCCGGCGGACUCGUCGUUCGAGAUGCGCACAAAGUGUGGCGUGUCGGACCGCGGCCGGACAACAAGUUCGCCAAGGAGUUGCAAAAGGGCAAGAAGGACGGUCAACAGAUGAGUGUGUUUCUGUCGACCUGCAGAGGGUUUGGGGAUCCGACCUUCAAGAGUCCGGAUCCGAUAGUGAUCGUCACCCCCGACGUGAAAACCGUGGACCUGGUUCCCGAAGACUGGGCCUGUGUCCUGGGGAGCGAUGGCGUCUUUGAUGCUCUCAGCGACCAGGAGGUUGCAGACGUUGUUUGGCGUGCCAUGGCGGGUCACGGCAAGGAUGCCGUCAGGGCCGCCAAGGAAGUGGUGCAGACGGCCUUGCGCAAGGGAAGCCGUGACAACGUGACUGCUGUCAUUUGCCGGUUUGGCUGGGCCACCCCCCCGGAGAUGGACUCGACGGUGGCUGCAGUGAUAUCUUCCUCAGGGUUGGAGAACACUGCCUUCACUGCCCCCGUGGAGCCAUCUGAUGAUGUCAACAUGUUCGGGUGA